CCCUUGGCGUGCGGUGGGCGUGGCCUGCCUGGGGCCCAGGGCCUUCGCGGGCGCCGCCUCCCCGCGCGAGAGGGCUCCGGGGCGCGUGCAGAGGGCUGCCAAAUGCGGAAGGCCGGGGCGGGGUCGAUGGCCGGGGGCGGGGCGGGCGCCGUGGCGGAGGUGGGGGCGGUGCUGGGCGGGCAGGGCUGGCCCUUGUCCUCGGAGGGCGGCGGGUACGACUCGGCCCCGCUGGAGCCCCCCGAGAAGGCCCGCCUCCGCAGGAACACCACCUACAUCGUCCUCGCCGUGCUCCUCAACGAGAAGAGCGAGGUGCUGGUGAUGCAGGAGGCCAAGCGGGAGUGCUAUGGGGCCUGGUAUCUGCCGGCGGGGCGCAUGGAGCCCCGGGAGACCAUUGUGGGCGCCAUGCGCCGGGAGGUGCAGGAGGAGACCGGACUCCAGUGCCAGCCAGUCACGCUGCUGGCUGUUGAGGAGCGUGGUCCCGGCUGGAUCCGCUUCGUCUUCCUGGCCCAGCCCACUGGUGGGACACUGAAGACACUGCAGGAGGCAGAUGGGGAGUCCCUGCAGGCCCAGUGGUGGGACCGCAAGACACCAGCUCUGAAGUUGAGGGCGAGGGACAUCCUGCCGCUGAUGGAGCUGGCUCUGCAAUACAAGGCCAGCCCAGGCCACCCUCCGGUGCUACCAACUGAGUUGCCCUGCCCCUGGGUGGGCCAGCGCCUCCUCCUGGUCUUUGCUGGCAGCGGAGGGGAGCUGUGGGUGCUGCUAGCUGUUGCUGGAGGCACUCCGCACCUCCCGGUGGCAGCCAGUGGGCUCUCCCCCUCAGAGUUGGGCGAGCGGCUGUUGGUGGGGGUCCACCGCCUGCUGCGGCGCUGCCUGCCCCCACCUACCCAGGCCUCCGCCCGCGUCCGGGGCCUGCUGGGAGUCCAGCACCUGGGCAAAGAGCCCGGUCAGAGCGACGGGGUCUGCUUCAACGUGGCUGCCACCCUGGAGGAGGCCCCUGGGCGGCCCCCCAAGCCCAGCCCCCCGACCCUGCGCAGCCCGGACUUUGCCUGGUGGAAGGUGGAGGACGGGGCAUUGCGGAGCAGGAUCCUCCAGCGGCUCAGCCAGGACUCCUUCGUCCCCGUCUGCAGUUAGGCGCCAAGCCUUGCCUGCCUUCCUUCCUUCCUUCCUUUCAUUCCUGCGAACCCCGGAUGUCCCGAGACGCAAUUAAGCAAGUAAGCAGGAGCCCUCCACCAAGCGACUGCAAGCAAAGCAUCCUGGGGAGAAACUCCCUAAUUCCCUCCCUUCCCUCUCUCUUUUCCUUCCCAGCCAGGUGAGAAUGUCCCCCCCGCGCAAAGCAGGACACUCAACUCCCACCAUAGAAACCCCAGGAACACUCCUUUCGCAUGAAGCCAAUCACAACAACGGAGGGUUUGUUUCUGCCGGAACCUUUGGAACUGCCUGACCCUCACCCUCUUUGGACCUUCUUUUCCGAAAAGCAGGCAGAACUGCCCCCAUGUCUAACCCACCCCUCCUUCCUUCCCUUCCUGGCACACAGCACCCCUUUCUCCAAGGAGACGGCUCCCACAGGGAAGCCCAGAAAGGCCCCUGAGGUCCAGGACUGCGGCUGGACAUUAUAGACCUCCCACUUGGCUUUCUUGCCACAAUUCCAUUUGGUAACAAAUAAAAAAGGGGCCGUUUCCCCCCGUUUUCCCUGU